AUGGUUUUGGUCGCCAGCAGCGUUGACAACCACAAAAUCUACAACCUCUCGGGAGGCCGUAGCCGCGCGGCAGAUUUCCUUCCGCGCCGGAAGCGGCGACGCCGAAGAGAGGGGCAAGGCGCUGGACCUGACGCUCAGGAUGUCGAGCUCCUGCAAGAAUUCGAGUUCAACGUCUCCUCCCAGUGCAUCCGAGUCUCGCCAGAUGGAAAAUUCAUUGCCGCGACUGGCGUGUAUCCUCCAGAGGUCCGCAUGUAUGAAGUCGAAUCGAUGGGCUUGAAAUUCCGCCGCGGUCUCGACCACGAAGUCAUCGACUUUCUUUUCCUAAGCGAGGACUAUCGGAAACUCUUUUUCCUGCAAGCACAACGGCACAUCGACAUCCACACUCAAGGCGGCACUUACCACCGGCUGCGCAUUCCGCGCGAGGGGCGAGGCCUUUGUUACCUACCCACUUUGGCGAGCGCCUGCAUUGCCGCCAGCGGGAACGAGGUCUACAUGCUCGACCUCGAAGACGGUUGCUUCCUUACGCCGUGGACGACGACGAGUCCGGCGAACAACUGCUGCUUCACCUCCGCCGUUCUUCCAGUGCUCGCCAUCGGAGGAGAGAACGGCGUAGUGGAGUGCUUUGACCACCGCACCGCACAGAGUGCCGCAUCGUUGGACGUCGCUUCCCACGUUUCUCCCUUCGCCGAUGAGCAAGUGCAAGUCACGUGCGGCGCCUUCUCUCCUUCCGGUCUCCAGAUGUGCGUUGGCACAAGCACUGGAAGUUGCCUGCUCUACGACCUCCGCAGCCGGCGUCCCUUGUGUCACCACUCGCAUUAUAACGGCGAGCCGAUCAAGCAAGUCACGUGGAAACCCAUUGGUUCCCCGGGCAAGGGCGACGGUCCUGCUCCAGUCCCUGCCUCACAGCUCUCCUUCCUAGACUCCGAAGACAGUUCGUCUCCUCUCUCCGCGGUCUAUGCGGCAGAAACCUCUGCUUCGCAAGGCGACCUCGUGCUGGCCAGCUGCGACGCCGUCAGCAUCCACAUUUGGAGAGAAGGGGAAGAUUCGAGGCAAGGCGACGACUGGGGUCUGUCUUUGCCCAGCUCGGAGACACCCAGCUCGCAGGGCGGCAGACGCAACUUCCGGUCGAAGAUAAUCUCGACGAUCGAAGCGCCCGUGGCUUCCGCCGACGAGGAAAGGGGACGGAGUGGCCAGGGUGGAACAGAAAAACAGACUGGAGGCAUCCGGGACCAGCGCGUUGCGACGUUCAAUGGCUUUGCAUUCUUCGAAAGUUCGGGUCUCUGCUUCACUGCCGGUGAACAAAAGCGCAUGGGAGUCUAUUUCCUUCCGGCACUCGGUAUCGCUCCCAGGUGGUGCUCCUUUUUGGACACGAUCACAGAGGAACUAGAGGAAAGCGGAGGCAUCUCUUCGUCCUCAGCGCUUACAGGCAGCGUUUCACAAGGCGAGGCUGCAUCCGUUUACGAUGACUAUCGGUUUGUGACGCGCCAGCAGCUGGAACAGAUGGGAGUCCAAGAACUCAUCGGGACUUCUUACGUCAAGCGAUACAUGCACGGGUACUUCAUGGACGCGAAACUUCAUCGGAAGCUCCAGGACGCUCUGGAACCUUUUGGCUACGAAGAGUAUCGCCGAGAAAAAGUUCGGCAGAAAGUGGAAGAAAACAAAAAGAUGCGCAUCGAGAUUCGUCACAAGCUUCCGAAGGCGAACUCCGCUUUGGCAAAGAGACUGGAGGAGAGUGCAGUUGGACGCGCCUCGGGAGGCACGAAGAAGGAACGGCAGCAACAGGAGGCCGCCCGUCAAUUGCUUACAGAUCGGCGCUUUCAACGUCUCUUCUCCAAUCCCGAUUUCGAGAUCGAGGGAGACGCGGUGCAGCACUGGCGGCCGUCUGCGGAAGCGGAUUUCUGGAUUUUCAACAUACCUCGGGUGGACGGUGCUUGUGUCGCUGGUCUUCUUGACGCUGAGCGAGUUAUUGACGGCCACAAGGACACAGGGGAUCCCGUCUAA